GUUCCUAGCUGGCAGCUGACUGCUAGCCUGCUGGUCGGUUGUUCAGUUGGACUGGAAUUCUAAAUGUGUUUUGCCUCGAAUCUUGGCACAAAGGAUUGUAACAUCUCAUCCUGUGUAAUAACGAAUAAACCUUGGAUUGAACUAAAUAUCCGGAAAUUUCUCCUCAGUUCAUUCUACAUUUUUUUGUUGUUAAUCAUGUAAUAUCUUCAGGCAGGCGGUGUGUCAGCGACCCUAGACAUAGAGAACUGCAGUGAUUCCAGUGAGAACAAGGAGUCCUGCAACAGGUGGUGGGGCCCUCUCCAGAACCUUGAUCUGAACAUCAUGCAGUCAUUCGUGAGAUUUCAUGAAGAGACAUCGCCAAACAAGUUCUCACACAAGGUUUUUGUUUGUUUUGUUUUGCCCGCUGCACUUUCUUUCGCAAUUAACUUUUUAAUUAAAGGCUUCUGGCGACCGCUGACAAACUCUGGCGUCCGAACUGUGGCACCUGCUGCGGCGGUUCGUGAAAAUAAAGAUUUGCUCUUGACGAUGUUUCAUUGUUCCAGUCCAGGAAGACUAAAAACGGAAAGGAAAGAGUGAGUGUGUUGAGUACACUCCAGUCUCAGUGGAAACCGGUCGAGUGACAACGUUUCAGUCUGGUUCUCGGUUAUAAGGAUGUUUUAAAAAAAAGAGGUUUGUUCUCGCUAAUCCAACCCCGUUUCCAACUGCUGUUCACGCCGGGGUUGUCGAGCCGAGGGCGCUUUUAAAGAUUUCCUCAUUAUGUGGAACUUUUUGGAGGGCUUUUUCCCCCCUCUCGAAAUGUUACUAUUUUUCUCAUUAAAAGGAGGGGUAGCUCCAGAUGUAGACUCAGAGAGCACAUCUAUUUCUAGUGUUAGUCGUUAGCAUGCGUAUACAGAGCGAGAGAGAGAGAGAGAGAGAGAGCUGUUUUGACAGUAUUGUAGGGGAGGACUCGACGCACACACUCUCAACCAGGUCUCUGUAAUCACGGCUUCGCAGAGCCGUGGUUAUACCUUCCAGAGGAGUUCACGCCCCCUUGGACUGUUUUGGACAACUUUGUGGUGCACUUCAGACGGGGAGAGAGCGAGGAGGAGAGAGUGAGCAAAGGGGAGGGAGCAGCGGUGCCUGUGGGAGGAGAAGGAGGAGGGAGUGAAUGGGAGGAAGGAGAAACCUUCUCAGUUUCUGUGAGUCCUGCUCUGUGUAGGCAACAGAAUGAGAGCAGUUGCUUUCCUCUCAGUCUGAGAGGCAACUGCAGAUUUUCUUUUUUUUUUUUUUUUUUUUUAGUUUUUUUUUUUUUUUUUUCUUCCCUAGGUUUUUUUAAUUCCCUUCCUGUGCCGGAGACAUAGCAGCAGACUUCCUUCCCUCUCAUCACCGUUCCUUCUGGACCUCACUCCCACUUCUGAGGCUGCUAUUCCUGUUGCCAUGCCGGUAGUUGGAGUAGCCUCCAAGCUCAGGCAACCCUCGGCGGUGGCUUCCAAGCCGGUGCACACCGCUCUCCCCAUCCCCAGCGCGGUCAGAGCGGCCACCCCGCAGGGCUACAUGGCUCGGCAGCAGGGGCUCAAGGCGGGCGAGGGCGCGCCGGGGCUCACCUGUCAGCUGUCAAUCAAGUCCGAGUACCGGCAGGAGAGGAUACCUGAGGGCAAGUCCAGAGCUGAGACGGAGGAGAGCAAGAUCUGCAAGAUUUACACAGACUGGGCCAAUCACUACCUGGCCAAGUCUGGCUGCCCGCGCCUCAUCAAGGACCUGAGCCAGGACGUCACCGAUGGAGUCCUGCUGGCACAGAUCAUCCAGAUCAUAGCAAAUGAGAAGGUGGAGGAUAUCAAUGGCAGCCCCAGGAGCCAGUCGCAAAUGAUUGAGAAUGUGGACGCCUGCCUCAGUUUCCUGGACGCCAGAGGAGUGAAUGUGCAAGGGCUCUCAGCAGAAGAGAUCAGGAAUGGCAACCUAAAGAGCAUCCUGGGCCUCUUCUUCAUCCUCUCACGCUACAAGCAGCAGCAGCAACAGCAGCAGCAGUACUACCAGUCCUUGGUGGAGCUCAGCCAGCAGACCAGCAGCACCGCACCGUCCGCCAGCAAGACUCAAGAGAUGCAGUCCAGUCUCACAGCACGAUAUGCAAGUCCUCCGGGCCACAGUGGAAUAGGCUCACCACAGAAGAAAAACACAAGGUUACCAGGUCCCUCCAGAGUACCUGCUGCAGGCAGCGGGGCCUCCAGGAGCCCGGGCUCGUCCAACCUCAACCGUCGGAGCCAGAGCUUCAACAGCAUCGACAAGAGCAAGCCUCUUCAAUACGCCAGUGGCAAUGACAGAGAGGCAGUGAGGGGCAUCCCGGUACCCAGCGGGAUGAAUGGGAGCGGUCUUGGUGGAAUGGUUCCCACCAGCCUCAGUGGGCAGCAGCUGGCCUCUGCCAUCCCUUCACCCACAGCUGGCAAGUCCUGGCGCAGCAAGUCCAUGAACCUCAAGCACAGCGCCACGUCGUCUAUGCUGGCCAGCCCCACGCACUCACCGUCCACCACCCCUUCCCCCCAGGCCCCGGAAGGCCCUCAGCUGCAUGGAGGCGACGGGUCGAAACUAGGAUCAGGUGGUGCACCUCCCCAGAGGUCUAUGCUGGACAAGUUCCGCCUAAUUAACCCUCGGUCGGCCUCGAGAGCGUCGCCGUCUGUGGCGGAGAUGGCUUUACAGGAAGAAGAUGACCUGUCAGAAUACGGUGAGGACGGGUUGACGCCCACGGGGUCAGUGUGCAGCAGUGGUAGUAGCAGUGCUACAGCCAAACAGAUGCCUACAAAGACCUCUGGGUCAUCCCUCUCUGCACCCAGCAAAACCUCCUCGUCAUCAUCCUCUUCUUACUCAAAAGCGAACGGCAGCAGGUCCAUGUCCUCCAAAGACAAGGAGGACAAAAGCAAGUCUGGGAAAUCUAGCAAGGAUAGCUCUCCUCCAAAGGAGGAGCGUGAGGCGUUUGCCGACUCCAACAAGAAGACGUCCAAAAUUGCCAGCCUCAUCCCAAAGGGGGGGAAGUCGGGAAAGAAAGAUGGCGCCCCCUCACCUUCCAGUGGCAUCCCUAAGCCGGGACUCAAGGCUCCCUCAGCAACGACGGCAAAGGGUCAGAGUCAACCGCAGACCCAAAACCAGGCUGCCUUAAACAGCAGCGGCAACAUGCGGACAGGCGAGGGAGAGAGGGCCAAAUUGACGAAAGGAGGGCAAGGCGGUAGUUUCUACAUACAGCGCUCCAUCGGGGGCCCAGAGGGCAAACGGACCAGCAUCACCUCGUCCACCAGCACCUCAGCUCUGUCUGGGUCAACUGGGACGCUGGGGGGAGGAGGAGGCGGAGGAGGGGGAGCGCUCGGGGGAAAUGGGGUAGUUCAGCUUCCCCAGCAACAGCAGCACAACCACCCCAACACUGCCACUGUGGCCCCCUUCAUGUACAGGACAUUCUCAGAAAAUGACUGCACCAUGGUGGCUCCAGCGGACCCCUGCCUCAGCCCCACCAAGGGAGAGCUAGUCUACAGCAAGACAGCCAAACAGUGCCUGGAGGAGAUUUCAGGAGAGGACCCCGAGGCGAGACGUAUGAGGACAGUGAAAAACAUCGCUGACCUGAGGCAGAACCUGGAAGAAACCAUGUCCAGUCUGCGGGUGGGACACAUCAGCCACAGUACGCUAGAAACGACCUUCGACACCACGGUAACCACCGAGGUCAAUGGGCGGGGUCUGCCAGCCCUCGCCGCGCGCUCUUCCCCCAUGUCCUGGCGUCUGGGCCAGUCGCAAACCCCACGUCUCCAGGCGGGCGACGCCCCCUCAAUGCCCAGCAGCUACGCUGCGCCCAGGGCGAGCACAGCGGGCGCUGGCACCACCACGGGGCGCUACAGCGGGCACCCGGACCCCUCCAGGUUUGUGUACAGCGCCCCCCUGAGGCGAGCGGCAGCAGCGGCAGCAGGGGCGAAGGGGGCGGAGCAGGGAGAGAAGGGAGAUGGAGGGCUGGAAGGAGGGAAGCAGAUGGAGGUGGCAGGGUACAUGAGUGAUGGGGACGUCCUAGGGAAGAACAGCAGGAUGGAUGUGAUCACCAGCGGAUACCUUACAGACGGCGGCCUCCAUCUGUAUGCACGAAACGCAGGCCGGGCCUCAGAUGUGGCUUCUUCCCGAGAACUAUCCCAGAGAGGAAGCAAAGAGAUUCAGGGUGACAUAGACAGCUGGGACGACAGCAGCUCGGUAAGCAGCGGGCUAAGUGACACGUUGGACAACAUCAGCACCGAUGAUCUGAACACGCCCGCAUACUCUGCCGCCAGCUCAUCCCGCAAAAGCAAGGCAGCACAGUCUCAGAAAGGAAGCAGGUCCAAGCAUGCUGAGCAAGAGGUGAGCAGCAGCUGGGCUGGAGCUGAGGACCUGAAGAAGGUCGAGGAGGAGCUCGACGUGAGCAUGGACCCCAGCGGUGGCUCCUCCCGCUGGAAGCCUUCCUCAUCCUCUUCUUCCUCCCAAACCCAGAGUCAGUAUGAGGAUGCGGGCCAGAAGGCUGCUGCGCUGGCCCAGAUGUCUCAAACGGGUUCAUGGAGGAGGGGCAUGACGGCCCAGGUGGGCAUUACGCCGCCCAGGACCAAGGGUUCCUCUCCUGCCCUCAAAACACCAGGCAAAACUGAUGAUGCCAAGGCCUCGGAGAAGGGCAAGGCGCCUUCCAAGAGUUCAGCAGGCAUCCAGCGCUCACCCUCAGAUGCAGGGAGGAGUAGUGGGGAUGAAGGAAAGAAACCUCCCUCUGGUAUCGCACGCCCACCCACUACAGGCUCUUUUGGAUACAAGAAGAUCCCAGGUCCUUCUGGCACCCUAAUCACCUCAAGUGGAGCAACACUCUCCAGUGGCUCAGCCACCCUGGGCAAGGCGCCCAAAUCUUCAGCUGCCCUUAGCAAAGGCACCAGCAUCAGCAACGUGCGGAAGACCAGCCUGGACGGCUCACAGCCCCAGGAUGAUGGCAUUCUUCUCAGCUGCAGUGGCUCUAAAGUCACUCUGCAGUACCGCUCUCUACCCAGACCCGCCAAAUCUUCCAGUGGGGUGGCGGCAGGGCGCAGCGGGCACCGCUCCAGCUCCAGCAGCAUCGACUCCAACGUCAGUGGAAAGUCAGCUGGCGGGGCGGCGACGCAAGCGGGCGCCAAGCGCAGGGAUGGAAAAGUGGGCUCCGACCGCUCUAGUCCCAUCACCAUCAAUCAGACAGACAAGGAGAAAGUGGCAGUGUCAGAUCAAGACCCGGCAGCAGGACUGUCCACCUCCCCCAAAUCCAGCCCCACCUCCGGUUCAGCUGGACAAACGGGCCUCAGGCAGCCGGGCUCCAAGUACCCAGAUAUCGCAUCCCCUACCUUCCGCAGAUUGUUUGGCACCAAAGCCAGCAGCAAGGCCAGCUCUCCGGGCACGCCCGACUCUGGCAAGUGCCCCUCAAUACUGGGCAGCCCCCACGGCACGCUGGCACGGCAAGCCAGUCUGGACUCACCCUCCUCUGGCACGGGGAGCCUGGGGAGCGCUGGCGGCAUGAGCGGUGGCAGCAGCCCACUGUACGGUAAAACCCCUGACCUGUGCACUGACUCCCCGGCCUCCAGCCCGGCCUCUGGCCUCUCCUUGCCGUCCAACGCUCGUCCCUGGCCUGCCUGUAGCUCGUCAGCUGGCAGCAAGGACACACUGAGCUGCCAAAGCAUGACCAGUCUGCACACCAGCUCUGAGUCCAUUGAUAUGCCGCUGGGCCACCAUGGGCCCAAGGUUACAAGAACCGGCAGUGUCAAGUCCACCCUGUCUGAGGGCAUGCCUCUUGACAGAAACACGCUUCCCAAAAAGGGACUGAGGUAUCCUCCGUCCUCCCGGCAGGCUUCCCAUGAGGAAGGGAAGGAGUGGUUAAGGUCCCAUUCAACAGGAGGCCUUCAGGACACUGGCAGCCAGUCCCCAUUGUCUCCUCCAGGAGCUUCGUGCACCAGCGCUGGAAAAUACCACUACUCCAACCUCCUCAGCCCCACCAAUAUCAGCCAGUACAACCUGCCACCAGGCAGCGGCAGCAUGAGCCGCUCCAACAGCAUCCCUGCCCAAGACUCCUUUGACCUGUACGGAGAGGGUCACCCGCUGGGCGGCAGCGCAACCUCCCUGGAAGAACGGCCGCGGGCCAUCAGCCGCUCUGGCUCCUUCAGAGACAGCACUGAUGAAGUCCAUGGCUCGUCAUUGUCUCUGGUCUCCAGCACGUCAUCGCUCUACUCUGCGACCGAGGAAAAAGCACACUCAGAGGGCCAAACGGUCCAAAAUUCCACGCAAAUCAGAAAGCUGCGUCGGGAGCUGGACGCCUCCCAGGAGAAGGUGGCGACCCUGACGUCUCAGCUGUCUGCCAACUCUCACCUGGUAGCAGCCUUUGAGAAGAGCCUGAGCAACAUGACCUGCCGCCUGCAGAGCCUCACCAUGACCGCCGAACAAAAGGAGUCGGAGUUGGCUGAGUUGAGGGAGACAAUAGAGAUGCUGAAGACCCAGAACACGGACGCACAAACGGCCAUCCAGGUGGCGCUCAAUGGCCCUGACCACCUUCACAAAGACCUGCGUAUCAGACGGCAGCACUCCUCAGAAAGCAUGUCCAGCAUUAACAGCGCAGCCAGUCACUCCAGCAUGGGCAGCUUGGGCAAGGACGCCGAAGACAAGAAGAAGAAGAAGAAGAGCUGGGUGGCUGAUUCCAUCCCGGCUCAGUUGCGCAGCUCCUUCAAGCAAGCCUUCAGCAAGAAGAAAACCAAAUCCCAGUCGGCCCACGACGAGAUGGAGGAGAUGACCGACUCCCUGCCGUCCUCGCCCAAACUGCAGCACGACAACCGGCAAGGCAGCGUUUCCACGCUGCGCUCUUCGCCCUCCACCACAGAGCUGUGCGAGUGCACCGAGGCCGAGGCCGAAAUCAUCCUGCAGCUGAAGAACGAGCUGAGGGAGAAGGAGCUCAAGUUGACGGAUAUCCGCCUGGAGGCGCUUAGCUCUGCUCACCACCUGGACCAGAUCCGAGAGGCCAUGAACCGCAUGCAGAACGAGAUUGAGGUGCUGAAAGCUGAAAACGAUCGUCUCAAGUCCAGCGGUAACGCCACGCCGACGGCCACGCCCGUCAAGACAGCCCGGCCACCCUCCGAGACCUCCAGCACCUCCUCGUCAUCCUCACGUCAGUCCUUGGGGCUGUCGCUCAAUAACCUCAACAUCACUGACACCAUCAUGUCAGACAUUCUGCUCGAUGACGGCUACGAGGGCAACCUGCGCAAAGAAGGCCGGAGUGUGCGAAUAGUGGUCGCCAUCAGCAGUGGGCCAAAUGUCACCAAGGGUGCACAAGUCCAGGAGUACCUGGUUGGGUCUAUUGGUGUGAGUGGGAAAACCAAAUGGGACGUGCUGGAUGGGGUCAUCCGACGCCUCUUCAAAGAGUAUGUGUUUCGGGUGGAUCCUCUCACCAGCCUGGGCCUCAACUCAGACAGCAUCGUCUGCUACAGGAUGGGCGAAGUGAUUCGCUCCCACGCCUCUGAAGUGCCUGAGCUGCUUCCCUGUGGCUACCUGGUAGGCGACAACAACGUCAUCAAGGUCAACCUUAAAGGCAUGAAGGAGAACAGCAUAGACAGCCUUGUGUUCGACACGCUCAUCCCGAAGCCCAUCAUCCAGAGGUACCUCAACCUGUUGAUGGAGCAUCGUCGGAUCAUCCUCUCAGGACCCAGCGGAACAGGCAAAUCCUACCUGGCUGCCAAGCUGGCUGAGUACAUCAUUUCCCAGACGGGGCAGAAGGUGAAUGAGCACAAUGUGGCCAGCUUCAAUGUGGACCAGAAUUCAAGCAAGGACCUGCGGCAGUACCUAUCCAACCUGGCAGAGCAAUGUAACAUGGAGGAGACGGAGACAGAGCUCCCCACUGUGGUCAUCCUGGACAACCUCCACCAUAUCGGCUCCCUCAGCGACAUAUUCAACGGCUUCCUCAACUGCAAGUACCACAAAUGUCCUUACGUCAUUGGAACCAUGAACCAGGGCGUUUCCUCCUCUCCCAACCUUGAGCUACACCACAACUUCAGGUGGGUUCUCUGCACCAACCACACAGAGCCGGUCAAAGGUUUCCUGGGACGCUUCCUGCGGCGAAAGCUGAUAGAGACGGAGAUCAAUAAGAACAUGCGCAGCAAUGACCUGAUUAAGAUCAUCGACUGGAUCCCCAAGACAUGGCAGCACCUCAACAGCUUCCUGGAGGCUCACAGCUCCUCUGAUGUCACCAUAGGCCCUCGUCUUUUCCUGUCCUGUCCCAUGGAUGUAGAAGGUUCUCGGGUUUGGUUCACCGACCUGUGGAACUACUCUCUGGUGCCCUACCUGCUAGAGGCUGUCAGGGAAGGACUUCAGCUGUACGGCAAAAGGGCCGCGUGGGAGGACCCGUCCAAGUGGGUGAACGACACGUACCCGUGGAACGCCGCCGCGCUGCAGCAGGACGGCCAGUCGCUGCUCCAGCUGAGGCCGGAGGACGUGGGAUACGACGGCUACAGCUCGUCGAAGGAGGGCGCCUCGUCCAAGCAGGUGUCUCAGAGCGACACGGAGGGAGACCCGCUGAUGAACAUGCUGCUACGGCUGCAGGAGGCGGCCAACUACUCCAGCACACAGAGCUGCGACAGCGACAGCACCAGUCACCAUGACGACCAGCUGGACUCCUCGCUAGAGUCGGCGCUAUGAGACCAGGAGCUGCGCCGGCAGAACCCCACCUGACCCUCCGGAUCCUCCCUGAACCCCUCCCCACCUCUCUUCUGAAUCGCUACAAGGCACCCCUAUAGUUCACAGAUGAAUGACGUGUGAAAAGAUUUAUUGUCCAGAAUGACACACACACACACACACCACCCGGAACAAGAUGCCUAUUUUUACAUGAUGACGGUGCAAUAUUAAAUCAGAUUAUUUUACGUGUUGCGGAGCAGCGGAGGAAAACAAUUAAGAGUUAUACGUGUUGUUUUUUUGUUGUUUUUUUUUUUUUUAAUGGAUGUGUAACAUUUAAGGACACAGCUUUUCAUAACCCGGGAUGCAUCUGAUAAAGGACUUGAGUUCCUCUGAAGUUGACCACAGAUCACGCUCGGUCGCAGUGAGCCACGCUUCACGCUGUCCACCUACCUUCAGACGUCGUUCUGCGAAGCGUCGGAAAACGAGACAGAGUUUGGCGUGUCAAAACUGGAGUUCCUUUUUUUUUUUUUAUCUUGGGUUAUAUCUUCAGAUGUUUACAUUUUGGGAGGAGGGCGGUAGGUUCUGUUGUUUGUGUCUUUCCUUGUUUACAGAGGUGCUUCUCGACAGACACGCAUGCACUCGCGCGCAAGGCAGCGAGAGGAGACCUUAACGGGCCCGAGCCGUCAUUUAAACGACGGUCCAGCCUAGAGGGGCGGCCCUCGAGCAAGGCACCGUGUCCGCGGUCUACGGGGCCUGAGCCCGUAUGUCGAGGGGGCGGAUAGGAGGCGACUGUCGAGCGCUUUCAGGUGAUGCAAUGUUCCCUGGUGGCCACGAUUUCUGUUCGCUUAAAACAAAUCACAGACCAUUCGAUUGUUUUUUUUUUGUUUCAGUAAUGUCUGAUGAAGGCAGAAAGCAGCUGUUAACUAAAGCGGCUCCUCACGGCGUACUGUUUUGGAGCGUAGGGCUAAAACACAGAUUUUGGUCUAGCUGUUUACCACUAUUAUAUUUGAGAGGCCUUUACAGCCCAACUACGAUCGAGACAAAUAGAUCAUUAGGAAGCUCACACCUCCUGCCCUCAGCUCAGUCGUGAGUUGAGCCUCGUGGUGCUGGUCUCCUGCCCUGAGCCUCCCCCUCAGUGUCAGGCACUGCCAAGUCGCCCACCCCCACCCCCACACCCACCAACCCACCUCGAUGCCAACAACAAGCACAAGGAAAGAGCAUUGUCCGCGUGCCGUCCUGCCACGCUGCUACUGUGAAGAGAAAAAGCGGAAAAGUGCCAACGUUUCCCUUUGAUUCGACUGCCAGACGCUCACGCCCGCAGAGUUCACGUCGCACCGCGGGCGCUGACCACGGCUGUAGACUUAGACUGCGUUUCCCUGCGGCCUUCCACGCAGCGUUGUCACUCACUGAGCUUUGAAUGCGCCGUGACAUCAGCAGGCAGCGCCCUCUGUAGGUCACCGCAGGGGCUGCCACCGUCUUUGGCAUUUGCUUUAAGCUGCACGGAGAACUCCCCCCCUCCACGGUUCACUGCAACAGGGGAACCCCGAAGGUGAAGGGAAAGCACCAAGCUGACUUAAACCAGAAUAUCAGUAAUAGUGAAAUGAGCGAAUCAGACUGUUCCAGCGCUUUCUGGUCCUCAUUAGACUUUGUCGUUCUCUGUCCUUGAGGUGCCCGUCCACGUAAGAGCUAUCCAGGUGAGCCAGGGAGCAGAACGAGGGAACAGUGAUUACUGGUGCUUUCUCACUUGCCUUAAAUGUGCAAACGCUCUCGACGCAUCCUCUGCUCCCAUUGGCCGCGGUGAGAAAAGAGACGUCGGCGUCGGCGUCAUCUGCUUCCUGCUACGUCAAAGAUGCUGCUUGUAGUCGGAAAGACGGACACUGCUGUUUGUCGUCCCUCCUUCUUCUCAUCUGAAUCACCCUUUAUUUCUUUCUGACAGUUAAAGUAUAAAAGAGUUGAUGCUGUAUUUUGAUUUGAAACUGACCAAUAUUGUAAAAAUAAUAAUAAUAAUAAUGAUAAUAAUAAUAAUAAAAGGGGUGGGGUAUUUUUUAGUUGUUGUUUUCGCGCCCAGUUGAGCUGGGCUCACUUGAAACGACAGGAGCACAACCAAACUGUUUCGGGUUUUCUAGCCCGAUGAGCAUGUUUUGAAGCUUUUUAAAGGGGAUGCAUUGAGAAGAGACCUUUACCUUUAUCGUAUGCGUGUAUUGGACGGAAGCCAUUCUGAAUUUUGAUUGUCCUCUCUUUGUUUAACGAGUGGGUUGGUUUUGCACACUUUGAGGUCGGGGUGGGUUGUAAAUACUUAAGUCUUGCACAGUGAAUCAAAGAUGCAUUCUGCCCUGUUGAUGUUACAAUAUGCUUAACCCGCUGAGUAAAUUAUUGUACUUUGAAAACAGAGAGAUAUAUAUAAAAAAAAAAAAAAUGAAAUGCAAAAACUCAACACGCUGUCGGAAACAGGUGUGUGUCUUGUGGUGACUGGAUGUUUUGCCGAGGCAGGAGGCGUACGGUGUACAGUAAGAAGCUGUUUUUUCUUUUUUUUUUGUUGUUGGUUUUUUUUUUCUUACUGCAUAAAAUCAAAAACAAACAGAGAAAAAAAAAAAGAAGGCACUUCUCCAGUAUUCCUCCUCAUCCUGCCAUAAUAUUCUCUGGACCUCUCUGCCUGUCGUUCCUUAGAAGCACUUCCAGCUCUGGACAUUUUAACCCCACCUUACCGCCACGUUAGGCUUGCCAGCUGUCCGAGGCACCGAAGCUGACCUGACACCGUACUGUAAACAUUUACCAACAACCAACAGGUGCUAGUGGUCAGUAAAAAAAAAAAACCAUCGGAGACCAACAAGUCAUGUCGUCACAACCUCAGGACAAUCCUAUCUUCUACAAUCCUACCUGUGUUCAGCUUCACGCGUGUCUCCGAAGCCAAGCCUCAGAAGGUUUGGGCAUAUUUACGGCCUCACAAAUAUGUCUGCUGUGAGAGUGCUGUAGUUGCAUGCCAAGGGGGUAGUUACCAUGGUUACAGGUGGCUCCCCACCUAGACUUACACCCUUGUAUCAAACACUCCUCUGGUAGGCCGUUGAAUCCCGAGCAGCGCUUUGACACCGUUGUCAGUGUACACCAUAUUGCUGAUGAUCAACUGGUGAUUUCUCUCACUUACACUUUGAAGUUACAUCUCAGUUUGGAAACCAUAGCAUUUACUCUGGUUUGAGAGAGAGUUUUCUUCUUUUCGAGUGAAACAUUUGUCCUUAAAUGUUUUAUAUUUUGUACAUUUGUAUGUAACAUAUCUUGUAAAUAGAGAGAGACAGUGAUUUAACUCAUCUGGAGGAUUUUGUAGUCUUUGUAAAGCCCUAAUAAAUGGUAUUUGGUGUCACACAA